CUAAACGAGCCUAAUUCAACGGUCUCUGGAGAUACUUCUUUGAUUAGCAAACUUUCAUCUUUAGAUCUCCGUACUUUAAUGCGCCCUUCAACAAGUCAGAUCCCGGAUACCUUUCUGUGGUGAACUGUCUGCUAUCUCUUGACCGUAAUGGUUGUUUAUUCCUUCUACAUCUUUGACCGCCAUGCGGAAUGCAUAUACAAACGACGUUGGGUGCCCCGUCCGCCUUCAAUUAUUGGAAAGUCCUCGCGUCCGACUUCGGAAACUUCUGCCACCCCCAAUGCAUUGCCUCCUGUGCUGGGUCAAUCUGCGCGGAUCACCGACGAUGAUGCCAAGUUGAUCUUCGGCACCGUCUUCUCCCUCCGGAAUAUGGUGCGCAAAUUAGGGGGUGAAGAUGAUAGCUUUGUUACCUAUUGUACCAGUCAAUACAAGCUCCAUUAUUACGAGACGCCUACAAACAUCAAAUUUGUGAUGCUUACCGAUGUUAAGAGCCCAAGCAUGCGGAUUGCAUUGCAGCAGAUCUAUAUCAAUCUUUACGUUGAAUAUGUGGUCAAGAAUCCGUUGUCCCCGGUUGAACAUCCAGGCGGUGUGGGUGUAAAUAAUGAGCUUUUCGAGGAGUCUUUGGAACAAUUUGUGACGCGCGUGCUGUCUUGAGAACUCGUGGACUCUAGGAUCUGCAUCCAUUUAGUCUCUGCCUGACUUCGCUGUGGCCGGAGAAGCCAAUCGUGCAGUAGACAGGGUAUCUACAGAAAGAGAAUGCGAUAGAUUCCAGGAUUAAUCAACUAGCCUCGCUUCUCCCAAGGCAGUGCCAUGAAAGACACAUCAAGGAUAUACGUAUCCUAACCCGGGGAUUACUGUCGACCUGGAAGAGUCGCCCUGGCUAGAAUUCCCCAGGAACCUCAAGGCGCGC